UCAAGCUAAUAUUUUCAUAUUUUCAAAAUACUUUGACUGAUGCCGGUGCGACCCCACCUAGUCCAUUUACAUUCUGCACGCAUAGUAAACAAGGACUGGGAUAACGGAAUAUUUAAGCCAAUCAAAAAUCCGGACAGUAGAUGUGUUAACCAAUCAAAAUAGAUGUAACUGCAUCCCCGCUGAACGCUUGACUUCACGGGGUGGACUGUACAUUUCUAUUGAAUAGAUCUGAAUCAACAAUUCAUAGUGUUUUUGAGUCAACAAUCAGGAUAAAGAUGCAGUUCAUGCUGCUGUUCAGUCGGCAGGGUAAGCUGCGGCUGCAGAAGUGGUAUGUUCCCCUGUCAGACAAAGAGAGGAAGAAGAUCUCCAGGGACCUGGUCCAGACCAUUCUAGCCCGCAAGCCCAAGAUGUGCUCCUUCCUGGAGUGGAGGGACCUAAAGAUCGUCUAUAAGAGAUACGCCAGCCUGUAUUUCUGCUGUGCGGUGGAGGAUCAGGACAAUGAGCUCAUCACGCUGGAGAUCAUCCACAGAUACGUAGAGCUGCUGGAUAAGUACUUUGGCAGUGUGUGUGAGCUGGACAUCAUCUUUAACUUUGAGAAGGCCUACUUCAUCCUGGAUGAGUUCCUGCUAGGAGGAGAGGCUCAGGAGACCUCCAAGAAGAACGUACUGAAGGCUAUAGAGCAGGCCGACCUGCUGCAGGAGGAUGCCAAAGAAGCUGAAGCCCCACGGAGUGUCCUGGAGGAGAUUGGCCUGACAUAAACUCCCUCCCUCCAUCACUGACCCAACUAUCUCCCUCUCUCUUUACUCUCUCUCCUCACGGGGGCCCAAACAUCUUGUUCUCUCCUUUAAUGUGAUGUAGUGUUGUCUUGUACUAAAACUCUUAUCACGUUAAUGUUACUUGUGCCAACUGUCUGUUCCUUUUUUUUGUACCUUGUCAACACUCACCUUUUGAAACCCCUAGGGUAUAUGCAGCCAGUAGCCACAAACUACACCAAUAAUAACUGAAAUCUCACCCACCUUCCUUAAGUCAGUGUUUUGUUGUACAUGACAUGUCUGUGACGGGCAUUUUAACUUCAGUCUAGUCUCGAGAACUUAAAACAAUUCAAAGUAUAUCAUAAAGAGUAAGAAACCCCAUUUUACUUAAAUGGGAUGUUCACAAGUAAGCAAAACGAUGUCAGUAUUUUUAAGAAGUGUUACAGUUUAAAGUAUUCAUGUUCAUUCUUUCAUUGUUUGACCAAAGAACACUGUGUUAUAAUCAUAUUGUUUUGAAGAUAAAUGGUGUUUAGGGAAAAAUGUGCUCUCUCAGGGUUGGGGUCAAUUCUAUUUCAAUUCCAAUCAAUUAAGAAAGUAAACCAAUUUACAAUUUUUACUCAUUGAAAAUCUUUGAAGGAAAUGUGCAUUGGAAUAUCAGUGUAUUCCUGAAUUUAAAUGGAAUUGACCCAAGCCUUGCUUUGUAUAGCCUGAGUCCCAGAUCUUUGUGCUGCCUUGCUACCUCCUAUGUCAUUCAGUUGGGAAGACAGCACAAACACACCUGGGACUCCUCCCAUUCUGCAUGCUUUAAAAGGCAAGGGAAGAGUAACACUGGGGACUCCGCAUGCUUUAAAAGGCAAGGGAAGAGUAACACUGGGGACUCCGCCCACUCUGCAUGCUUUAAAAGGCAAGGGAAGAGUAACACUGGGGACUCCGCCCACUCUGCAUGCUUUAAAAGGCAAGGGAAGAGUAACACUGGGGACUCCGCCCACUCUGCAUGCUUUAAAAGGCAAGGGAAGAGUAACACUGGGGACUCCGCCCACUCUGCAUGCUUUAAAAGGCAAGGGAAGAGUAACACCAGUGAAAAUGAACAAAAAGGGAUUCUGUUACUAAUCAAACUUCUAUUUGUCACACAAUGUUUUAACUGUCAAUGAAAAUGCAUUUAGGGCUUGUUUCGUAGCCUGGUUCUGAACUGAAUUGUUCUGUUCAUGAAGCGAUUGUGAAACUGGAAUAUUCAGUUUGAAUCAUAACAGGCUACUUGUUAUGAGGAAGGUUGUGACAAUUGAAGCACAAAUCAUGAGGUACUCCCACUAUAUCACUGCCUGUGCUUAGUGCACACGGACAUGACCAGUUAUUGAAUUGUUUACAAAAACCAUGGGUUAAAGAAGCCUAAACCUGUUGCAAUUCCCUGUCUACCGUACAGACUGCUCCUCCUUUACCAAUGACCAGAAUGGUGUCCUGUUAGGACAUUUAAUGUUCUCUGUAUCUGUCAGCUUCUACUGUAUUUGCUCUUUAACUGUGGUGACAUCCCAAAUGGCACUCUAUUCCCUACAUAGUGCACUACUUUUGGCCAGAGCCCUAUGAAGAAGUGCACUAUAUAGGGAAUAGGGCACCGUGUCUUGCUCCUAUGUACAUUAUGAAUCAUUUCAAAGUAUUGCAUUUCUUUUACAGACAACUGUCACUACUUCAGUUCUCUCAAAUACUGUAAAUCAUUAAAACAAUAAAUGUCUAUGGAUUAGCAGAA